GGAAAUUUUGUUCUUGUUCGACAGUCCACACAGUCGUCUUCAAUUCAUUUCUUCUUCGGCGAAACAGGCGGAGAGAGAGUGGCCCCCGCUCUUCCUCCUCCAUUUCACACACCAGCAAAGCAAAGCAUAGCAGCAAUCUUCUCUAUCUCUCACUGCUCCAAUAUUUGUUUCAGAGAAUCCCAGAGGAGAGCAAUAAAGGAAGAGAUGCUUCUGUAGCUUCUUCCAACUUCGUGUAUACAGAAACCCACCUCACGACACUGCUGAGGGGAAGAGAAGCAGAGGGUACUGUUUCUGCUAGCCGGGAUACACGGGAAGGAAAACUCAGAAAGAGAGAGAGAGAGAGAGAGAGAGAGAGAGAAGAAGAAGAGGAUCUAAUGGAUUACGAGCGGAUACACAAAGUUCAGGUAUCCCUUCCCUGCCUUCUUCAUCUUAAGCUCCUCUCUCUCUCUCUUUUUAUUGACUAUCUGACGACUACCCUCUCUUACAUUUCUUCUUACUUAUACCGGGUUUCGCUCUUCUACUCUUCGUCUUCAUUCCUUCGCUAUACCUUACCCUGACCAUUCGACUUCAGUUUUGCUCUCUUCUUUUUGUUUUUUGGGGGGAGUGGAGUGAUAUCACCGAGCAAACUGAGGAUGAAGCUAAUGGGGGCUCACCACAGCAGCAGCAGGAAGAAAGAAGGUUCAUCUAAUUGCAGCUCCUCUCGCACUUCUCCUUGCAGAGUUGCCGACACUGAAUUCGUCAAGAGCAGUCUCUUAGACUCCAACGAUGACGACGACCACCCAGAUUUCGCCGAUGAAGUUGAGGCGCCUUCAUCAGGAGUUACAUCUACAACAGUUACAAGCGAGGCUGCAUUAGACCCUGACACGAGUCGCCAUCAUCCGCUCAAGGAAAACAACACCCACGAUUUGGAUCAUGCCAAGAUACAUCAGCUCUUGAGGUCGGAAAGCGUCAACUCGAAUGCAGUCCACAACGUGAGAGCCAUGGAAGACGAGAAUCCAGGGUACGAUAGCUCGUCCAGCUUCGAGUUCCAUAAGGAGAGAUCCGCGGCACAAAGCCAGCUGGUGAGAUCAUUGUCGAGGCCCAUGUCGUCCAAGUGGAAUGAUGCAGAGAAAUGGAUCAUGAACAAGCAAAAUGUGCAGCAGCAUGGUGGUGGUUAUCCAAGGAAGAAUGGGUUCCACAACAACCAGGGUAGUAAUCGGAUGCCCAUUACUACACACAUGGGGCGGGUUGCUCCUGAGCUGGUAGCAACUGGUGGUGGUAGGAUGGUGGACACCAAGCGUGUAGAUUUUUGUCAGACUGCUUCCCAGCUUGGGUUGGAGAAAUUCUCCUUCCUUGGUGCUCCUGGAACUCCUUCCAUUUCCGGCCAAGCAAAUACGUUGAUGGAGCAGUAUGGUCAGAGCAAGGAUUUGAAGGAGGUGGAUCCUAUGGCACUAUCAACUAUGAACACUUCGACAGAAGAUAGGACAGUGGUGCCUGUGAUAAGAUCAGUUUGUAUGAGAGACAUGGGAACAGAGAUGACACCCAUUGCGAGUCAAGAACCAUCAAGGACCAGCACCCCUAUUGGUGCAACAACUCCCAUUCGCAGCCCAACUUCAUCAAUCCCGUCUACACCAAGAAGAGGAGGCCCCACAACGACACCUGUGGAGCAUGAAGAUGGCAGCAGCAACAAGUGCACAGCUAGCCAGAAUGGUACUAAGAGGGAACUAAGCGAGGAAGAACUGAAACUGAAGACAAGGAGGGAGAUCGUCGCCCUUGGUGUGAAGCUUGGCAAGAUGAACAUUGCUGCUUGGGCGAGUACAGAAGAAGAGGAAAAGAACAUGGCACAGUCUCGCGAUAUGGAGUCAGUGGAGCAGAUUGAGUUCGAGAAGCGUGCAGCUGCUUGGGAAGAAGCUGAGAAGUGUAAACACUCAGCAAGAUAUAAACGUGAAGAGAUACAAAUCCAAGCAUGGGAAAGCCAGCAGAUAGCAAAGCUGGAAGCAGAUAUGCGCAGAACUGAGUCUAAAGUGGAACAAAUGAAAGCUCAAGCAGAAGCUAAGAUGGUGAAGAAAGUGGCGAUGGCGAGGCAAAGAGCCGAGGAGAGACGAGCUGCAGCUGAAUCAAGGAAGAAUAGAGAUGCAGAGAGAACAGCUGCGAAAGCAGAAUACAUUCGCCAGACGGGGAGGAUGCCCUCGACUCAUUACAUCUGCUGUGGCUGGUUGUGAAGAUGUAGUAGUUUGGGUUGAAACUAGUUGGUGGUUUUGGCCCCAAGGGGUUUGUAUGUUCAGUAGCGCUCUCAAUUAUCCAUCAUUUGUCUCAUUUCUAUUGAAAGUGACAGAGCUCGCUGGCUUCUGCUGUUCUGCAGAAGUUUGAUUGGUCUAUAUAUGGCAGGCAGGAAAUCGUGGGUGCCUUCCUUUCCUCUUCUCCUUGUUCCGUGCGGAAAUCGAUUGGUUUCACUUUCAAUAUAUUGUGUGGGCUUAUGGAUCAUGCAGCGUUGAGCUGGGGCUUAGGGCGUU